UAUUUCUGUUGUGUAGAUCAAAGGACUUGAGUGGAACCCUGAACAUCCAGUGAUGAUUCCAUACACAGGUGUGUCUGGUAGUCAAUCCAGUACUCUGGAGGAAGUGUACAGUGCCACAACCAAAGUGGCAGCAGUUUUGGCAGUCAUUCUUGCUUUGGUUAUUCUUGGUGUUGCUAUUUAUGUGUAUCGCACUCAACAGCGUUACAAAAGAGAAAAGUACAAGAGGUACACAAAUUUUGUUCACACUUCAAAACGAAGUCCUCCAGCUAAAGAGGUGACAUUCAGCUCUGUGAAUGGUAAUCCAGAUCCCAUUCCAGAAACUCACCCCUUGCAUGAGGCUCCAGAACUAGCAGAACUAAGGACCAAGUCGUAUGUGAACAACCAAGAAAACUUCCAGGACCCAGAAUAUUCUCCAAACUUUCAACGAAAUGAAGAUGAAGUGGAUGCAAUAGAAAUGGCUCCAUUGAGACCCUCAUCUUCACAGGAGUUAGAAUGGGAUCCUGCUGCUGAUACUGAUCUUAUGACAAUGGAUGAAAUGAACACAGAGGAACCAGAGGAAGAUGAUCAACAGGAAAAAAACUAUCCAAUCUCUGACAGUGCUGUACCACUAGCAUCAACGAGCGAGACUGAUGUAGAGCCGUAUCGAAUGGAUGAAAGAACUGGAAGUCUUGUGUUUGUGGGAAAUCCGUAUACUUGAUGGAAAUGGGUCUUUCCUUAGUUUGUUGCUGAGGUCACGCAUAAUGUUCUAUAAAAACACAGUAUUUGUACAAAGACCUUGAAUUAGUGUAUGAAAUAUGUAGAAUUUCUUUAUUAGAUUGAAAUUUUUAUUACUACCUGCCAAAAGAGUUUGUUUAAAAAAUUAAAGUUACUUGUUACGUAUAUAUUAGGGAUGCACGGGUACCCAGCCGGGUAUUGGGCUACCCAGUAAUACUACGCUCCGGUGAGUGUCGAAGUUAGGCAUCUAAGCCCUAUAUUUGUGGCAACUAACAUGGUACUGAAAGUUAGUCAAUAAUUGGUUUGGUUAAAAAAACAAAACGCUCUUAGCAACAAAAACUGACCGCCAGCUGAAAGUCAGGGUUUGAGAAGUUGCGACUAGAUAUUGAAAGUAAAACUUGAAUGUUUUGUUGGUGAUUAUUUGGUUAAAUGUAAUAAAUGUCAAUUUUGUUGGUUUUUUUUCUGAUUUUUGUGUAUGUUGCUGUUGUUGUUUUUUUUUGGGGGGGGAGCAAGGGAAGAAACUGGUCCCAGUUGACACCUGCCCCUGGCCAAAGCUUAGUGACCGGGAACCCAGACCUGGUAUUCGGCCAAAUUUUACUACCCAUGCAUCCCUAAUAUAUAUUGAUAAAAUUGGAUGCAAGUCCAUUCAUCAGGUAAACUAAAUAAAACCUUUUUACUUCUGUAACUGUGUAGAAAAGAUUUACAGGGUUCAAUUAAUUACAGAGAAAAACUGUAGUGACACAUAGGUAAACUAAAUAAAACCUUUUUACUUCUGUAACUGUGUAGAAAAGAUUUACAGGGUUCAGUUAAUUAAAGAAAAACUGUAGUGGCACAUAGGUAAACUAAAUAAAACCUUUUUACUUCUGUAACUGUGUAGAAAAGAUUUACAGGGUUC